UCACAAAUAUUCAGUCUCUAAUCAGUUUCAGCUUCUGAAAAAUCUUAGUUUUUUGGGGAAUAAGUAGAUGCAGAUUAGCAACCACAAGGAAUUGGGCUUCUUUUCAGUAGAAACAAGGAAAUGGGCUUCUUUUCAGUAGAGACCUUAUCAUGAAAACCCCUCCCUUCCUCCCCUAAUCUUUUAUUAACUCCUCCUCUCAGCUGGUUUCUCCAUUUAUUUUCCUCCUUGCUCCCAAAGAAGUAAAAACCAUGUAGGCUUGGCAGGUAGGUAGAAGCCAGUUAGAAGCAAUUCUACCUGGCUUUCUACUUUUAUAUUUUGCUGAAAACCUGGCAUCUCUCAUCUGGAACACUACUUCAUGGCUCUUGGCCCUAGCCGUUUCAAUGGUGCAGCUUUCACAGUCUCCACUUCGCCGCCCUUCACCUUCAUGCCACUCUGAGGAAGGGGAAGAGAAGAGCAUGAAACCAGAUAAGCAGCAGGUGACCCAAGGUCCUCCAGGGGAUAACCAGCCUCCCAUGAGCCCCCUGCAGGCAGCUUUGAAUUCUGCAGCUACAGCUUCUCAGGCAUACGAGACUUACAUUGAUAAUGGACUUAUCUGCUUGAAACACAAAAUCAGGAAUAUUGAGAAAAAGAAGUUCAAAUUAGAAGACUAUAGGGAUCGCCUGAAAAGGGGGGAAGUCCUUAAUCAAGAUCAGUUGGAAGCUGUUGAAAAAUAUGAAGAAGUCAUACAUAACUUGGAGUUUGCUAAAGAACUUCAGAAGACAUUUUCUGGACUAAGUCAAGAAUUAUUAAAAGCACAGCGGAAAGCGCAACGAAGGGAAACUUUAAUGAAGCUUGAAGCAGAGAAGAAAAAGCUCCGUACAAUACUGCAGGUCCAGUAUGUGCUGCAGAAUUUCACUCAAGAGCAUGUGCAGAAAGACUUCAGAAGUGGCUUGAAUGGUGCAAUAUACUUGCCUUCUAAAGAAUUAGACUACCUCAUUAAGUUUGCAAAAUUGACAUGUUCAGGAAGAAAUGAAACUGUUAGCAUUGAAGACCAAAUGGAGCAAUCAUCACUUUGUUUCUGGGAUCUGCUAGAAGGCAGUGAAAAAGUAAUAGUUGGGACAACCUAUAAGCAUCUGAAGGAUUUGUUAUCAAAAUUGAUAGAUUCUGGAUAUUUUGAAAACAUUCCUGACCCUUGCAACAAACCAGAGAAAGAGGAAUUGAAAGAGGAAAAGCCUGAAAAAACCAGACAGUUAUCAAAACCAGAGUCUGUCAAUGAAAUUGAAUCUCAAAGGCAGCAUGUUCAAUCUGAAAUACAACCUCAAGAAUUUCUUAAUAGGCGCUAUUUGCCUGAAGCAGACUAUGCUGUCAAGCCUGAAGGAUCCAAACACUGGGAAAUAGAACAUGCUGCAACAAGUGAUCCCCCCAAAUCCUGGGAAAUGCUGGUUGAUGUUGAGGACGAGAAACAGAAAAGACAAAAUACAGAAUCCAUGAAAUCAUUGGAAUCUGUAAACCAGGAAGGGAAGAAGAAGCUGGAACUUUCACAGCCAUGGGAAUCUCCUCUUCAAGAAGUUGAUGAUCAUAAGCAGGAUGCUCCAAAGUCUUGGGUGGCCCCCGUUAGGGAAGAGCAGGCCUCUUCCAAACCCUGGGUAACAAAAGCGAAAGAAGAGCAGGAACCAAAGCAAGAAGGUCCCAAGACUUGGAUAACUAGAGGAUUGGAACAAAACCAGGAAAAGCCAAAAAUAUGGGUGUCUCAAACUAAUAGGGAAACUUUGAAAAAAACAGAACCCAUGAAGCCUUGGGAUGCACGUGUCCGAGAGGAGAUGGAACAGAAGAAACAGCAACCUGAAAAGCCAUGGGUGGGGCAUAUAAGAGAAGAGGCUGACCAAAAAUCUCAGCCUCCAAAAGUUUGGGAAACUUCUGAGAGCUCACAGCAAGUGGCCCAGCAGCCAUUACAAAAUGCUCCUAAGAUCUGGGGAGUUGGGAAUCUUGUACCAAAGGACCAGACUGAGCUAAAGAAGCUUGAUGUGGAACUGAAAGAAAAUGGAAAGACGGGUGGAGUAAAUGAACACAGCAUUGAUGCAUCAAAGAAAAAAGGAAGCUUUCAGUCAGUUGGAGAAUCAUGUAAAUUACCAAAGAAUAUCCAAAACAUCAUGCAGGUAGCUAAGCCUGUGCACCAAACAGCUGCAGAGUUUUGCUCUACUUCUAGCCUUCCAAAGGAUCCAGUACUCAGAAGGGAAAAAUUGCAAGAUUUGAUAACUCAAAUUCAGGGGACUUAUAACUUCAUGCAGGAAUCACUUCUGGAUUUUGAUAAACCUUCACAAAGUGCUGGCUGUUCAUCACAAGCCUCUUCUGUUGAUUCUUCUGCUUCUAAUGAACAACUUUCAAGCCAAAAUGACUUCUCUGAACAAUCAGUGCAGAGUGCUUCUUCUCCCAUGACCUUGCAUGGAUCAAACACUUCCUUAGUUUCUGAUAACACAUUAUCUGGAUCAGAAACUGAACUUCAUUCACCACAAGUUCCUACUCCAGUUUCAAGUGAAUCACAGACACCACUGACACCCUCAAGAACUAGCGUGUCGCCAGAACAUCAAGGGAAAGUUUUUCAAUCUCCUCCAUCAAGUAGCAGUGCUGUUAAUGUAAAAGCACCUCCUUUUCAGGCUAUGCAGACUGUGUUCAAAGUGAAUGCACCUUUGCCACCUCGUAGGGAGCAGGAUGCAAAAGAGAAUUCUCUGCAUUCUACGGGAUACAAUCAGAAUUUUUCAACAGCAAGCACACAGACGCCGCCUCCGUGUAAAUUACUAUCUACUCAGAAUGCAGAACAAAUAACUUUUUCACAAGAGUCCCUUUCAAAUGCAGGUACUUGCCAGACUGAGGGAGCUGUUCCUGUCAGCAAUGGUACCCUCACUUUUUAUGCAGCACAGACAGCCACUUUCCCUAGACCAUCUCAGCCUUUUAUUGCAAACCGUGGAUCUAUCAGAGGUUCUCUCAGGGGUGUAAGAUCAGUGGCCAAUUCUUAUCGUUCCCCUGGUGGAUAUAAAGCAGGUUUUGAAGCUUACAGAGGACCAUCUUCAAUCCCUAAUGGAACCUAUAGCCAAUUACAACUUCCUGGCAGAGAUUACUCUUCAGUGCAGUAUUCUCAGAGGGAUAUGAAUUACCAACCAAACUAUAAGCGAGGAGGUAUUAAUAGCGGUCGAACUAAUUCAAGAGCAGGAUGGAACGAUUCUUCUCAGGUGAGCAGUCCAGAAUGUGACAAUGAGAUGUUUAACAGUGGGGACACUGGGCAGGGCGAUUCCCGCAGCAUCACUCCUGUUGAUAUGCCUGUGACGAGCCAAGCAGCCACCAUACUACCUGUACACGUCUAUCCCCUUCCACAGCAGAUGAGAGUUGCCUUUUCUGCUGCUAGAACUUCUAACUUGGCUCCUGGAACUUUAGAUCAACCCAUCGUGUUUGACCUCUUGUUAAACAAUCUUGGCGAAACCUUUGAUAUACAACUUGGUAGGUUCAAUUGUCCUGUUAAUGGUACUUAUGUAUUCAUAUUCCAUAUGCUGAAGCUAGCUGUUAAUGUACCAUUAUAUGUGAACCUCAUGAAAAAUGAAGAGGUUCUAGUCUCUGCGUAUGCCAAUGAUGGUGCUCCAGAUCACGAGACUGCAAGCAACCAUGCAGUCCUCCAGCUCUUUCAAGGAGACCAGAUUUGGCUACGUCUUCAUAGAGGAGCUAUUUACGGAAGUAGUUGGAAAUAUUCUACCUUCUCAGGAUAUCUCCUGUAUCAAGACUGAACAUUAAGCUGCUGCAACGGUUUGGUGAAGGAAGGUGAAAACUGGUGGGCUACUUUCACACUGCAUACUGAAUACUUAAACACACCAUUCUAAAGUGGGAUAUACGGUGGUCUGUUUUGCAAAGAGUUGAAGUUGGAUCAGCACUGAUGUGGCACUUUAUCAGUUGUGAUGUAGCCUUGAUAGUGAAGCUCUGAAUGUUAUGUUUGCACUUACUCUUAAACUGUAAUUUAUCAGCUUACUAUGCUACUCAAAUUUGCCUCAAGUCUAGGUUAUUCGCAACGCCUUGUGCCUAAAUAAAAAAAAUAUGCCUUAGUAUCAAUGUUUGUGCUACUGUAAUAACUCUUGAGUCAUAUUAUCACCCCAUUAAUUUUCUGGAGGGCUGUGAAGACUUGGCUUGUUUAUCCAGGCAUGAUGCUAGGAUAGAAGUGAACAAAUACAAGUGUGAAUUUAGAGUUAGUGGGAUGGUGCUGUAAUUGAGCUAUGUGGUGGUGAUGAGGUUCAGUUGACCAGAUUUCAUUGUUUUUAUUGAAUGUUAUUUUGAGCUGCCUUAGGGUUAUCGCUAUAAGAUAGGUGGCCAUAUAAAUUUAUAAAUAAAUAAAAUAAGAUUGCACUGGAGAAAGAAAACAUAUCCACACACAGUUAUGAAAUAUGCUCCUUGCAUGUGAAAAGUUGCAGAUUCAAUUCCACAAAUCUGGUAGAAGAAAUAGAUGACGGAGUUCCCUGGAGAAUUACUACUACUAAAAAUUAGAUGGAUCAUUCCCCAAUCUGUAACACAACAUUAUACAUCAUUUUUAUUUUUUAAAUGUUGAAAGCAAGUGGAAUAUUGAGACUAAGAUUCAUUUCCUGUUUAUGUAAUUAUGUACAAUUUGAGUUCUCAACACAGCAGCUGCAGGAACCUCUCUCAAUUCCCAGGAUUGGGAAACUAGCACCCAACAUAGCAAAACAUCAGCUGUAAGCAUCACCGUUUCUAAAACUGCUUGUGCCUUGUAUUUACCUGGCAAUAGUUCAAUGCUUAAGAGCUAUACUUUCCUGCCUGGGGAAAAAAAAAGGUAAGGUGGCAGAAAUUGGGCAAGUUACCAUGUACAGUAAUUGGGCACUGUGACUGGCCAUAGCAACCAUGGUGUAAGAACAUCAGAUGUUUCUCAAGUUCUAAAUGUGUCCCUAAGCCCAAAAGUUGGAAAUCCUGUUUUUAUUAUAGUCACUGUCCAUACCAGUUUUAAUGCGAAUGCUGCAGCAGAAAAAUAACCUACAAGUAAUUAUGUAAAUGGAGAGAUGAUAAACCUCUAUACAAGCAGGAUUGUUACAUCUUAUUUUAUUAACCACUAGUAUUGUUGGUCACUUUGCUUCAGAUUUUACACCUUUGUUAUAAAACUCUUGUGUUGUUGGAAAUGAGUGGCUGUCACUCAAGGUGUUUACUAGGAACUGUUGACCUUGGACAUCUGAAGACUAAAGGCUUCAAGAUCUGCAUUAUAGCAUCACCGUGGAACCACUCUGGAGAUAGUCACAAUUGAGGACUUUAUUUGAAACUACCUGAAGAGCAGAUUGGAAGAAUACCCGUAAGCAGAGAUGGUAAAUUCUCCUCUGCAUUCUCCAUUCAAGUUUCCUCUACAACUUUGGUUCUGUUUUAUUUUACAUUCCUGGUAUUGGUGUCCAAGAACAACUACUAAACAUUUAAAAAGUGCCCUCCCCUCCCCCCUCUCUUUUUUUUAAAGUUCCCAAUUAAUUUGACUCAGCAUUUUAUAAAUUCUAAAAGGCCCUCCUAUUUUUCCAAAUGACAAUUAUGUUAGCUAAACUAUUUGUGAAGCUUUCAUCACAACCUCUAGCUUUUUCUCUCUCUUCAUCAAAGGAUUCAGUUGGCUUACUAUGUCCUGAAGGCAGCUCCAGAUCUUUUUGUGAAUGUGCGGUAUUGAAAAGCUUGCAAACAUCUCAGUAUGGUGAGGUAAUAAAACAUUUUAAACUUGCUUUUUGUAUUACCCUUUUUUAAAAACAAUGAACAGGUUAAUAAAUAUUAAAGCUAUGUUUGUGUGACUGAAAAUAAAAAGGAACACAUCUGAAACUUGUCUAUUUACUAUGCAGAUUUUUAAAUGGUGUUUUUUUUGGUACAGUAACUGUUUCUUGCAAACAGUUUUGUUAUUAGUAAUCCUAUUGAUAAAAUCUUACUGUUGUGGAUUGUUUCAUUUGUAACAAACAAAUCUACAAAAGGUAUUCCUGAAUUAUCCACAAAAGUUAUUCCUGAAUUGUAGCUGUAUGGAAAUGUAUCUGGCCCUUUUUGGAUGUUCUGAAUAUUUGCUUUCCUUUGCAAUUGAAUAUGAUCAGAGCUUCACAUGGAUCCAUCUGAAAGUGAAUGAAGAAAUAUAAAAGUUAAGUACUUGUUUCAUUUACUUCUCAAAGUCAUCCAAUCUGCAGCCUGUGGUUGAAAAUGUGGUUGGCUUCCUUCAGUAAACUUGUUGCAUCACAUUUAACUACAAUAACUUUUAAUAAAUACUUCCUAUAAUUGGAGAUCAACCUCACAUUGCUAUGUAGGAAUUUUGGUCAAUUCCUUCAUGGUGUAUUGUUUUAAUUCAGUAGCUUUUAGUGGAACUUCCAUAGUUCAAUGGCAUUUAGGCCUGAAUUUUGAUUUAGCAACUGAAGAACACUGAGUUUGUUUUUCUUUAUCCAUUCUCUUGCAGAUUUGCUUAUAUGUUUGGGAUCGUUCUGUUGCUGCAUGACCCACUUCACUUCAACUUUAGAUGUCAGAAAGAUGGCCUGAUACUGUUCUGAGGAAUUAUUAAAAGUAGAAUUCAUGUUUUGUUUAUUCAGUGAUAUCAAGUCAUCCAGAGGUUGAAGCAGCAAAGUAUUAUGGCACUAUCCAUUUCUAUGUUUGAUCAUCGGUAUGAGGUUCUUAUUGUGGAAUGCAGUGUUUGGCUUCCACCAGUCCUAACUGAACUUGUGUAACUUGAAAAGUUCCACCUUUUGAUUUAUUUGUCCAUAGAACAUUUCUCAAGGAGUCUGGAGAUUCAUCCAGCUGUUUGACUAAAUUUGAAUAUCUAUGGUUUUCUUGCUACUCUGUUUUGUACAGUGCUUUUCUAAUGGUACAGUCAAAAUUUGCCCAGAUCCUUGGAUGACAUUCUGGGUUUUUUUGUGACUUCCUAGCUCAGGGGUAGGCAACCCAAAACACUCAAAGAGCCACUUGGACCCGUUUCCCACCAAAAACAAAAUAUCGGGAGCUGCAAAACCCUUUU